GGCGCCGGAGCGGAAGUCGCCAUGGUGCGGUUCAAACACAGGUACCUGCUCUGCGAAGUGGUGUCUGACGACCCCCGCUGCCGCCUGAGCCUGGAUGACCGAGUGCUGGGCGGCCUUGUACGGGACACGGUCGCCCGCCUGCACGGGACUUUCGGCGCGGCCGCCUGCUCCAUCGGCUUCGCGGUGCGAUACCUCAAUGCCUAUACUGGAAUAGUGCUACUCCGAUGCCGAAAGGAGUUCUACCAGCUUGUGUGGUCAGCUCUUCCCUUCAUCACACACUUGGAGAACAAAGGACACCGUUACCCGUGUUUUCUCAACACCUUGCACGUGGGAGGUACAAUUAGAACAUGUCAGAAGUUCCUGAUUCAGUACAACAGGAGACAGCUGUUGAUCUUGUUGCAGAACUGCACUGAUGAAGGAGAGCGGGAAGCUAUCCAGAAGUCCGUCACAAGAAGCUGUUUGCUGGAGGAGGAGCCGGGUGAGGAGGAGCUUUCAGAUGGUGAGGAGGCUGCUGAAGCAAUGGAGUGAACCUCUGCGGGCUGCACUGUGCCAGGCCUCGGGGCCCACUUAUUGGAACAGGGCAUUCUGGGAGGCAGCUGGAUCUACAUUUCUAGGAUCUGCUUUCUCCAUCCUAGAAUGGAUGUCACUCAGAGUCCCGGACACAUCUGGUAGAUUUGUGACUUCUGCCUCAACCUGCCCUUUCAUCUCAGGCUGGAACGCCCUCACCCCCCAGAGUUCCUGACCCUGGAUUUCUGAACGGCUUUCGGUUAAGAAUGACAGGUUAAAGCUAAGCCCAGCUCACACUCAUAGUAGCUGAUACUUUAACCUAUUUAUAGUAAGUAUGUCCAGCUGACCUGAAUUGAACUUUAAAAAAAAAAAAGCUGCCCUGUCCAGGCAGCUCAGUUGGUUAGAGCAUCGUCCCGAUACGCUAAGGUUGCAGGCUCGAUCUCCAGUCAAGGAACAUACAAAAA